UGAGAGAGCAUCGAACCCUAGUGCGAGGUCAAAACCAAACACUUACGGACGUGAUAAAUGACCACUAGCCCGCACGAUCUUCUAUAAUUGUUUUGUAACAUUGUUUUCCUUUAUCUAUGCGAUAAUAGGCGCAGACUUUUUCCGGCCAAUCUCUUUUUUUUCCUGAGUAGCUAAACCCUAGGCGACGGCAACGAACAAUGGUCUAGACUCCGACGGAUCGUUUCAUGGUUUAUCGGAUUGUGGUGACACAUUGGCGAGUGGGAGAGUAUCUGUGAAACAUUAAAAAAAAAACAAGUGAUGGAUUUAGAUUUUGAUGAUCAUCCCUCACAUCAUGCUGCUCCAGCAGUUAGGGCUGGUACAAGGUUUAAACCAAAAGGUAGACCUCAACCUAAGAAGAAACAAGUCUCUUUUUCAACAUCUCAGACAACACUGCCUACCAAUGUUGCAAAGGAAACACUCUCAACACGAAGCCAAGAGGGUUCUGUUUCUCUAGAUGGAUCAUCGGCUAUUCCCAGCGAGGCGUUACCUUCUGAGUCUAAUGUUCCAGAGAGUGGUACCAUCAACCAGUCUACCAUUGAAACUUUAUCAGAAGAGAAUGUGAAUGUAGUCUCAAGAGAGGUUCAUUGGUCUACGGAAGCAUCUGUUCUUCGUGCUUGUAAUCACGUGGAUUUAGGGGGGAAAAGAUGUGAUGAUAGCAUAGAGGCUGCUGCGUCUGCGUUUCCUGAUGAUCCCAGAACACAAGAUUCUACAAUAUUUGGAGAUUCUGAAACUGGGGAAGAUGAUGGUCAUUUGGACAUGGAAACUCUUGAUAUUGUACAGGAGGAAGGCACCACCAGUUCAUAUGUGCAACAUACUGGGAAGCUCCAACCAAAACCUAGAGUACUCGACACUGUGGUUGAAGAAGAACCUGAGCCUCAUUACUCCGUUGAUGGUACCGGUUAUUUUUCAAUGGGUAGUAACGAGUCUGAAGUAAUGGACAAUGUGGAAUCAAGAAACGACUUCAGUACUUAUGGACAUCUUCAAGAAGAAGAACCUAAUAUUCAAGAAGAAGAACCUAAUAUUCCUGAAGCCCCCAGAGAAACGGUUCCUGAGACGGAGGCGCAAAAUGCUUCUGGCAGAUCGGAUAACAAUACAGGUACAGGAGAAGAAGAAAAUUGUUUGGGGAAUAAUACAUUAGAAGAAGAACAGUCUGGAAGAGGAAAAAAAAAGGGAAAAUCGAAGAAAGCUACUGGUCGAAAGCGGAAAAACAAGAGUGAAGAAGCACCAAGGGAAAAAACAGAGAAGAAAUUCAAGCAUUCGAGUCGUCGACAAAAGAGAACAUUGGAUAAGGAAUUGCUUGAAACCCCGGAUGAUGAAAUCAGAUCUCUGCCUAUUAGAGAUAUGCUACGUCUUGUUGAAUAUAAAGAAUGGCUGGAGAAAAAAGAAGCAAAGGGAGUUGCUGUUGUGCCACCGACCCAAGAAAGUGAUAUGAACGCAUCAGGGAACGCAUCAGGGAGUCAGUAUGAUUCUCAAGGAUUUGAUGCAGAAGAUGAAUUUGGUAUGGAGGAGAACGAAAAUCAAGAAGCUUAUGUAGUUAAACCAGACUCACCUGUUAACUAUCAAACGUACAUGUACAAGACUGCAAGAACUCGAUGGUCAAAGCAAGAUACAGAACUCUUCUAUGAGGGGAUUCGAGAGUUUGGGAGCAAUCUAUCGAUGAUACAACAUCUGUUUCCUAAUAGAACGCGUGAACAGAUGAAGCUCAAAUUCAAACUGGAAGAACGUCGAUAUCCAUUGAAGCUUAAUGAGGCAUUGGCAACUCGCCCAAAACAACUUAUUCAUUUCCCGAACGUAAUUAAGAAGCUUCAAGAGGAAGCAGCGGCUGCAAAAGCAGCCGAAGGAGGAGUAGAAGGAGAAGAAGAAGUUGGCGCAGAGGCAGAGACUAAUGAUGUUCCCCAGAAUGAGGAGCCGGAGAAGCCUGAGGAGACGGAGCGGGCAAGUGAUGCAGUAGAUGGAGUGAAGGAAUCGGACGGUGGGGAUGGGGUGAGAUCAGACGGUGGAGAUGAAUGUGACAACGAUGAGGGAGAUGAUGAUUUUUGGAAUUCUUAUAAGAGUGACAUGUAAAACUAUAGUGCUUAUAUAAACAAAUGUAGUCAUUUUGUCGUGAUUAAUCUUUCGAUUGAAAUAAAAAUCUUUGUUUA